AAAUAUAUAUUUCAGAGACCGAUUUAUCUCAUAAACGGAUGCCGUUGCUCCGGCCCCGUGGAUUUCUCUGGUUCUCUGCUUCUCUCUUCGCCUAUCUUUCUGACUCUUUGUUCUUAGUUUCUUUGUGACAAAAAGUUUCUUUGCUUUCUUAAUCUUUUCAUUUUUCUUGACCUUCUUCUUCUUUGUUCUCAUUCUGGUCGUACAUAAAUCCACAUAGAAGGGUUUUCUGUGCUUCAAUUUGCCCUCUGAAACAGAGUCACACACAGACAAGGCAGGACAUCGAUAUGAGAACUUGUGGGCUUCUCAGGAACCUUCAUUUCUGAAUCUCAAUUUCAAACUCAGUUCCAAGAUUUUGGUUUAGAUGGCCUUUUCUAGGUCAUUGCAGAGAUUGAGCUCUUUCUUGGUGGAAAAUUUCAGUUUAUUGUAGAUAUUGUUUUCCUGUGCCUGGAGUUCAAAACCGAAAACAAAAACUUGGAAGAAGGAUUUCGUUACAGAACAAAGACCAUGUCAUCUAUUCUAGCAAGAACAGGGAGACACCGACAACGUUAUGAGAACAAUGUUCGCCUUGUUUCUGGAUGUAUUCCUUACAGACUAAGAAAAGACGACGACGAAGAAAGCAAUGACUUAGAAAACAGGAUAGAAGUUCUCAUGGUUUCCUCGCCGAAUCGAACUGAUCUUGUGUUUCCUAAGGGUGGAUGGGAAGAUGAUGAGACUGUGUACGAAGCAGCAUGUCGAGAAGCCAUAGAAGAAGCAGGAGUGAAAGGAAUACUCAGAGAAGUACCCCUUGGAGUUUGGCACUUCAAAAGCAAGAGUAGACAAGAUCCUUGCACCCUGGAAGGAGGCUGCAAAGGAGUCAUGUUCGCUUUAGAGGUGAUCGAGGAGCUCGAUAGUUGGCCUGAACAGGAAAAUCGCGAUAGGAAAUGGCUAAACAUAAAAGAUGCAUUUGAAUUCUGUCGAUAUGAAUGGAUGAGAGAAGCGCUGGAAAUUUUUCUAGGAGUCAUAGCAGAAGACAAGAAACCUGAGAUGGAGGAAGAGAUAGUGGAACUCUCUUCAGUGCCUGUGCCAGAAGUUGUUGCAGACUGUGCAAUACUAUCAUCAAACUGCUGUGCAAAGCCUGUGAACGGUCAGCACGAUGGUGUGAUUUCAUUCCCCUGGCAAAUUCCUCUCAAGGGCUUGCCUCUGACAUAAUGGAUGUUCUACCUCUAGCAAUGUGUGUAUGUAGUAGAUUCUAUUGGAUGAUUCCAUAGUGUCCAGUAUGUUGAUUUACUAGGAAUUUGAAGUGGGAUCAUCUCCUUCUUUUAAUUUCUGUUCAUUGUUGACAUUUUUCGUAUUCCUUUCUCAGGAAGAAUUUGCAGGUCUAACUUUGUCAUAUCCAUAUGACAGAAAGUUGUGUAUGACUUGGUACUGGCCCUGGGAAGAAGUGCAUAACCUUAAUUAGACUCUUGCCUCAA